AUGGAUGAGAGACGUGUGCUGGUGCGGGUGAAGAGGCGUCUCGAUGAGGACCCGCUCCCCGAAAUCCUUCUGGAGGAGCCGCGUAAGGAUUCUGAGAAGCGAAAAAGACCCGAUGCCACGGCUGCAGCUCUAAAGCUUGUCGAUACGGUUGGGUCCCGACAGUGGCCCGAUGAGGAAUAUGGCCUUCCUGUAGCCUGGUUCCAUGCAGCCGCAAACGCGGCUUGGCCAGCGAUGCCGCAAGGAGGCAUGUUGCAACAAACCGAGCCGAUGCUGGAACUUCGGGAGGCGUCGCGCCGUCUGAUUGGCGGGUAUGCCGGCGAAACUGUGCAGCUGAUUGACGUGGAUCGUUCCGAAAACUGCCCGAUGCCGGCAGCAACUUCUGGAUUCACGAUCAAUGGCAUGGAGCUCGUUGCCGAGCCCAGACCUCCGAGUCCGAGAGAGGAUUUUGUAUGGGACGUCUAUGCGCUCAGUGACCUCCAACAUGCGCCAGCGGCUGCAGUGCAGCUGCAUGAUUCUGUCCUGGGUCCGGAAGAAACGGACCUGGACGAACUGGAGUCCAUAGACUCUUCAGACGAAGGCGCUGUUGAGCCAUGGUCACGCAGAAGCAGCUCCGAUGAAGAAUGCGAUGAGCCGGAGGACCGAUCCCAAUGGGUGAACACUCUGGACUAG